ACCCUAACCAUUUUCUCACCGACACACAACAUCACCGCCCGUCAGAUAGGCACAACCUCCACAAACGACGGCCCACCAUGCUCGGCCACCAGUCCGAGGAGGCAUACCGUCGAAGCGCCGCCAACACUCUUCCCAACGAACUCCAUCACAGGGCAAGUCGCGACGAUACGCUUAACGAGUACCCCGACGAGACACUCCCAGAACUCAACCCCUCGAUAUCCCACGAUGGCGCCUGGGGAGAGCGCGAUGUCGGCGGUCCUGUCGACAGGGAGGCUGCCAUGCAGGAAUUUGCCGAACUGCGACUAGGUCUUUCGCGGUUGACCAGGGAAAGAUCGACCACGUCAAAACCAUUUUCGCGCCCGGCUUCGAGGGCAUCUCGCGCUACCAGUGGGGGGAGACCAGAUGGCUUGUUCAAGCGCUUGUCAGCUGCCGUGAGCAACGCUGUGGGCGAUGGCAAACAACAUGACCAGGAUUCCGAGGACGAAGGCCCCGGAGAUGUUUCGUCUAGCGACCGAAGUGGCGACCAGGACUUUCAACUCGAACAGUUCAUGCGUGAUGGCCAUCUCGAGAAGCGCAACGAAGCCGGCGAGUCCACCAAGAAGGUCGGCGUUGUCUUCAAGAACCUCACAGUCAAGGGUGUCAGCAGCGGCGCCACCUUUGUUCGAACACUCCCCGAAGCCAUCUUGGGCACCUUUGGUCCUGACCUUUACCGCAUUCUCGGCAACUACAUCCCUGCCUUGCGCUUCGGCCGCAAACCCGAGCUUCGGACGCUUCUCAACAACUUCACCGGUGUUGUCCGCCAUGGAGAGAUCAUGAUGGUCCUCGGCCGCCCAGGCAGCGGCUGCAGCACCUUCCUCAAGGUCAUCGCCAACAACCGCGCUGACUACGCUGCCGUCGACGGCGAAGUCCACUACGGCGGCAUUUCGGCCGAGGAAGUAGCCAACAAGUACCGCGGCGAGGUCGUCUAUAACGGCGAAGAUGACGUCCAUCUGCCCACCCUCACCGUCGAGCAAACACUCAAGUUCUCCCUCCUCAACAAGACAAAGAAGCGCCUGCGCGGCGACAUGGAGCUCAUCAUCACCGCUCUGCUCAAGAUGUUCGCCAUGUCGCAUACCCGCCACACCAUCGUCGGCGACGCCUACGUUCGCGGCGUGUCAGGCGGCGAGCGCAAGCGUGUCUCUAUCCAGGAGUCGCUGGCGACCAAGUCGUCUCUCGUCUGUUGGGACAACUCUACCCGCGGCCUCGACGCCUCUUCGGCCCUCGACUAUGCCCGCUCCCUGCGCAUCAUGACCGACGUCAGUGACCGCACCACUCUCACCACGCUGUACCAAGCCGGCGAGGGCAUCUACGAGCUGAUGGACAAAGUUCUUGUCAUCGACGAGGGCAGGAUGCUCUUCCAGGGUCCGGCGUCCAAAGCGAGACAGUACUUCAUUGACCUCGGCUUCCAUGCGCCGCCGAGACAAACCACCCCCGACUUCCUAACCUCCCUCUGUGACCCCAACGCUCGCCAGUUCCGUCCAGGUUGGAAAGACCGCUGCCCCAAAACGGCCGAAGACCUCGAAAAGGCUUUCCUCGCCAGCGCAUCCUACCAAGACGUACUCGCCGACGUUCGCGACUAUGAAUCCCACCUCCUCAAAACCAACCACGCCGACACCCAUGCCUUCAAGGAGUCCGUCUCCUCGCAAAAGUCCCGCCGCGUCUCCGAUGAGUCAAACUACACCGUCUCCUUCUUCAAGCAAGUCGCCGCCUGCACGCGCCGCGAGGUCUGGCUGGCUUGGGGCGACAAGCAGGAACUGCGGACCAAGUUCUUCAUUAUCGUUGGCGUCGCUUUUGUAGUCAGCUCCCUGUUCUAUGAUUCCCCCUUGGAUACGUCCGGCGCUUUCAUGAGAGGCGGCACCACCUUCUUCAGCAUCAUCUUCCUCGGCUGGCUUCAGAUGUCGGAGCUGAUGAAGGCUGUUAGUGGAAGGGCGGUGGUGGAAAGGCAUAAGGCGUAUGCUUUUUACCGACCAUCGGCUGUCAAUUUCGCUCGCGCAAUCGUCGAUUUCCCCUUGUUGCUGGCCCAGGUCAUCAUCUUCAGCUUGAUUGUCUACUUUAUGACGGGGCUGGACCGCGACCCGGGCAAGUUCUUCACCUACGCUCUCUUGAUCUUCACGACCACGUACUGUUUGACUGCCUUGUAUCGCAUGUUUGCCGCUUUGAGUCCAACCAUCGACGACGCGGUGCGGUUUUCUGGGCUGGCUCUCAACUUGGUCGUCCUGUACUGCGGCUAUGUUAUGAGCAAACCAGUCAUGCUCGGCCAGAAGAUCUGGUUUGGUUGGUUGUACUAUAUCAGUCCCAUCGCCUACUCGUUCGAGGCCGUGUUGUCCAAUGACUUUCACGGAAGGGAGAUGCAGUGCUCGCCAGCUAUGUUGGUGCCCCAGGGCCCUGGCAUCCAGCAGCAGAAUCAGGGAUGCACGCUGCCGGGUGGAAGGCCGGGGGAUGACACGGUGAACGGGGAUGCGUAUCUCGCCCAGCAGUUCCAGUACACGAGGGGACACUUGUGGAGGAACUGGGCGGUGAUCAUCGCUUUUGCGGUGCUGUAUCUGCUUGUUAGUGUGUUGGCGACCGAGAAGCUGUCCUUUGUUGGUGGCGGCGGUGGUGCCCUGGUGUUCAAGAAGUCUUCCAAGGCCAAGAAGAACUUGACUCUCGGCAAUGGCCCGCAUGAUGAAGAGAAGGGCAGCUCGAGAGGCUCUUCCACCGAUGACGUCGGGCACAAAACCCCCCAUGGUCCAUCCCGAAAGGAGAUGGGAAGAACCAUCGAGAAGUCUGAGAAGGUUUUCACCUGGGAGGAUGUCACUUAUACCGUUCCCACGCCCCACGGCCCCAAGCGUCUGUUGAACAAAGUCUCUGGCUACGUCAAACCAGGCGUCAUGGUCGCUUUGAUGGGUGCCUCAGGAGCCGGCAAGACCACCCUUCUCAACACUUUGUCUCAACGCCAAACCGUCGGUGUCCUAACAGGCGAUAUGCUCGUCGACAACAAACCCCUUGGAACCGACUUCCAGCGCAGCACCGGCUUUGUCGAGCAAAUGGAUCUGCACGAUGAAUCCGCCACCAUCCGUGAAGCCCUCGAAUUCUCCGCCCUCUUGCGCCAAUCGCGCGACAUUCCCCGGGACGAAAAGCUCGCAUACGUUGAUAGCAUCAUCGACCUCCUUGAGCUGGAAGAUGUUCAAGACGCCAUCAUCUCUUCCUUGGGAGUCGAGCAGAAGAAGCGGUUGACUAUCGGUGUUGAGCUAGCCGCUAAGCCUUCCCUCUUGCUGUUCCUUGACGAACCCACCAGUGGCUUGGAUUCGCAGUCGGCCAUGUCCAUCGUCCGCUUCCUGAGGAAGUUGUGUGCAGCUGGACAGGCUAUCGUUUGUACCAUCCAUCAGCCCAGUUCCGAUCUGAUUCAGGAGUUUGACAAGAUCUUGGCCCUGAACCCUGGCGGUAACGUCUUCUACUUUGGUCCCGUCGGCAAAGACGGCUCUUCGGUCGUCAACUACUUUGCCGCUCGAGGUGUCGAGUGUCCGCCGGGCAAGAAUGUCGCCGAGUUCCUCCUCGAAACAGCCGCGAAGCCGCACAAACGAGUGGAUAAGGAUGGGAAGAGCAGGAGGGUCGUUUGGGCGGAGGAGUGGAAGGAGAGUGAUGAGUACCGUCAAGUCCUUUCCGAGAUUGACAUGAUCAAGAAAACCCGGACCUUGGCCACCCAACUCUCCAACAACCAAGCUCAACCCAUCCAGCACGAAUUCGCCGCCCCCAUCCCCACCCAAGCCUGGCUUCUUACCAAGCGCAUGUUCAUCCGCCAAUGGCGCGACCCCUCGUACCUCUACGGCCGCCUCUUCAUCUGCCUGAUCAUGGGCAUCUUCAACGGCUUCACCUACUGGAAGAUCUCGUCUCCGCACCAUUCCCACCCCCUCUCCCUCACCCAGCUCCAAAACAGCCUCUUCACCGCCUUCCUAAUCAUCAUGCUCCCCUCCACCGUCCUCAACGCCGUCCUCCCCAAAUUCUUUAUGUCCCGCUCCCUCUGGGAAAAGCGCGAACACCCGUCCCGCAUCUACGGCUGGGUAGCCUUCUGCACCGCCGAGAUCCUCUCGGAGAUCCCUGGCUCCAUCGUCGCGGGCACCCUUUACUUUCUAGCAUGGUACCUCCCCACCGGCCUGCCCCGCGGUACCGGCUCCGCCGAGUCAGAGUCAGCAGUCUACGUCUGGUUGAUGUCCGUCUCCUUCAUGAUCUUCAUCGCUAGCUGGGGCCAGUGGAUUUGCGCGUUUGCGCCCUCUUUCGCCGUCAUCACCAACGUGUUGCCGUUCUUCCUCGUCAUCUUUUCUCUGUUCAACGGCGUCGUGGUGCCGUGGCAGCAAAUGAACGUUGCUUGGAAGUGGUGGUUGUACUACCUCAACCCAGCGACUUACUGGAUCGGCGGCAACAUGGCUGCCGUCCUCCGGGGCCAGACAGUUCACUGCGCUGAUAACGAGAUGGCUGUCUUCCGCCCGCCGGUGGGAGAGUCGUGUCAGAGCUUUGCGGGCACUUGGCUGAGUGGUGUGGGGAGGGGGUACUUGACGACGAUGGGAGUGGUUGAUGAUGGCGGGUACGAGUGCGGGUAUUGUCCGUAUGCGGACGGGGAGGAGUAUCUGGCGAGUUUGAAUGUGAAGACGGGUCAGAUGUGGAGGAACUUUGGUAUCUUUGCGGCGUUUUGCGUUUCCAAUUGGGCACUCGUUUACUUCUUUAUCUACACGGUUAGGGUAAAGGGGUGGUCAUUUGGUUUCGGCUUCGUGGGAAGCGUUGUGGGAGCGGUGGUAGGAACUGUGAAGGAAAGUGUGGAGGGUGUGUUUGGUGGGAAGAAGGAGAAGGAGGAGACUAAGAACUGAGUGAUGGAUGUGGUGGAUCUAAUGACCGAUUCGUUGAUGAAGGGAUGAUGGGAAGAAUGUCGUGAUGAUACCUCUCUCGUUUGGACUUGGCGGAAGGUAAAGGUGCAAGGUGGACGGUAAUAUAUCAAUGUAAUGAGCUCCUUCGGGAUUUAGAAAUCUUUGUUUUGUUCCUAGCAAAUAUCAGAACAUUAUGUCUUGC